AUGGGGAACCAGAACUCGCGCUCGACGACGGCCUCGUCCAACCCGCAGUCGCCCACGGGCGUGACGACAUCACAUGGCCAGCACCCCAACCCCAACCCCAACUCGCAAGCACCAUCAUCCGAGCGCACCCUUCACCCCCCGCACAGCAACUACCACUCGGCGCGACGGCGAGAGUCGAUCCAGGCCCUCAGCGCCGCCAAAGCUCCUGCUGCCCCGUCCGUGAGCCUCGAGAACGCCGAGAGCCAGCCAUCCUCUGCCCGCCCGCACUCGCGAGGGAGGGCGCAGACAAUUGGCACUAGCACAAAGGCCGUGGCCAACCAGUUGCGCGCCGCUGCUCACGACCACUUCAGCGCCCGCCACAGCCAUAACACCCACGCCUCCAACACUCACGACGCAGCAAUGGGCAACGAGCAGAGCAGCCACCGCGGCCAUCAUCGCGACAAGGAAAAGGACCGCGAGAGGGACAGGGAAAAGGAAAAGUCACCCCGCGAUGCACCCUCUAUCAUCACCACCACCACCACCACCCCGCCGCAGGCAGCCAUUACAGUGCCAGUACAACAACAACAACAACAGCAACAGCAACAGCAACAGCAGCAAGUACAGCGACAACAACAACAACAACCCCCAUCACAAGAACAACCACAACAACAAGCGCAACAGCAACAGCAACAGCCUCCUCGCGAGCCCUCCCCAACUCCCCCCGUAGACGUCCCCGCUCCCCCACGAGAAGAUGCCGACACCGUCUCCCUCAUCGACCCCGCCGAUGCCUCGCAAGACUACCUCAUCCCACCGUCGCAGUUCAGUCGCCCGCCCCGCAUGCCCCUGCCCAUCGAGGAAGAGGUUCACACGCCCGGAUCGCCCAUCAUCUCCCCCGAGGAGAUAUGGAGCCCCAUCCACGAAAACGAAGCAGAGGGCAUGCUGCCCCGCCGCUCCUCGAUGCUCAGCACCACCACGGCCGACGACGAGGACCUCGGCGAGGAGUUCAAGGGCCCCAGCACCGGCCGCCCGACUGUGCCAACCCUAAUUGAAUGGGAAGGUCCUGGUGAACGCGUCUACGUCACGGGCACAUUUGCAGGCUGGAACCGCAAAUACAGACUUCACCGCAACGGCCCCAGCAAGAAGAAAGACGCCCUUUCUGCAUACGUCUCGGUUACCCCAGGCACCCACCAUCUGACGUUCUUGGUCGACAACGAUAUGCGCACAAGCGACAAGUUGCCAACCGCCGUAGACUACACCAACAUUCUCGUCAAUUACAUCGAAGUCCCUUACCCCGAGCCUCAGCCCCCCGUUGCCAGCCCGUCAAAGGAUGCACAAGGUGCGCUAGAUGCUGUCACGCCUAUGCAGGAACCACAAGCUCCCCCGGGCAUGUACCCACCUCAGGUCCUCCCACCAGCACCCGAUGUGCAGCCCAUCAAGGCCCCAUUGCCCGAGCCACCCAAACCACCAGCUCCCGAGCCCACUAAAAAAUACCAUCAGAACAUUCCCCGCUACCUGCUUGACCUCGAUGCCCCAGAAGACUCGUCGCGUUUCCUGCGCGCAAAUGCCAUGACCAACAACUUGCCCACACCACCCACGCUCCCGGGUUUCCUAGGCAAGAGCAUCUUGAACGGCACCACGCCCAUGAAAGACGACAGCAGUGUGUUGAUUCACCCCAAUCACACUGUGCUGAAUCAUUUGGCUACAAGUAGCAUCAAGGACAAUAUCUUGGCCACUAGUGCCACGACAAGAUAUAAGCAAAAGUUCCUGACUACCAUUAUGUACAAGCCCAAGGAAGAGCCCACCGAAGUGCACUAA